AUGGCCGCCAUUAACCAUCAAAUGGCCGAGCGCAUCAAUAACAUCAUGGAAGAAUGGCAAAGAACAGAAGAGGAGAAGAAACACCAUGCCCAGUCUCUUCUGUUGAGGGCAGACCAGGAGAAGAAAUGGGCCUUAACAGAGGCCCAAGAAAAGUACGAUAUGCUCAUGAAGGAAAAGAAAGCAGUGGAAGACGAACUAACUUAUACAAAGAAGGAAUAUGAACAAGCCCAAGAAGAAAAGGAAAGGUUGAUGAAGGACAUGGCAGAAAUGGCGGUGAAAGAACAGCAAAUUGCCAACUCCGCCAGGACUGCAGUAGACGAAUGGCAUGCGACCAAAGAGACAAUGAUGCAGCAUGUUGAGUCUCUACAAGCCAAGGUCGACAGAGAGAAAAACAAGAUUACAUCAGAAGCCCCGCUAAGGUACAAAGAAAUUGAGGAGGAAAGGAAAGCGAUGAAAGACGAACUCUCUCUUCUGAAGAAAGCUUACCAAGAGGCACAAGAGGAGAAAGUUGAAAUUCGUCAAUAUCACGAGCGAGCCGUGUACGUGGCUGCGCUAACUAUUGACAGGCUGCAAAAAGGAUGCGCCACGAUCUCCGAGGAACACGGUCAAGGAAAAGCAACAGAUGAUGAAAGAACAAAGGAAGAAUGGCAAGUGGCACAGCUGAUGCAAGAAGCGGAACACAAGGAACGGCUGAGCACGAUUGACAUAGUAACUGAGUUCGAGUCUCAAGACACCUCAGAGAACCGUUACCAGGGAUAUGAAGUCUUCUAUCAGUCAGAACACUUGGUCCCUGAAGAACAAGAAAAAGAGUCUCGGGAAAAUAGCGAACAUGCCAGUGAACACGCACAAAGGCUGGCAAAUGCGGUGAAUGAGCAGAUAUUCAAACAUGAAAGACAACUGCUGGGAUUUGAAAAGAACGACACCAAGGAAGGAGACGAGACACAGGAAAGCAAACUAGAAAGAAAAAUCGCAGACCAGGAAUAUCGGGAAAGUAGCGAACAAGCCAGUGAACACGCACAAAGGCUGGCAAAUGCAGUGAAUGAGCAGAUAUUGAAACAUGAAAGAUUACUGCUGGGAUUAGAGAAGAAAUACACCAAAGAAGUAGACGAGACACAGGAAAGCAAACCAGAAAGAAAAUUCGCAGACCAGGAAUAUCAGGAAAGUAGCGAACAAGCCAGUGAACACGCACAAAGGCUGGCAAAUGCAGUGAAUGAGCAGAUAUUGAAACAUGAAAGACUACUGCUGGGAUUUGAAAAGAACGACACCAAGGAAGGAGACGAGACACAGGAAAAGAAACACCAAAGAAGAAUCUGGGAACGGAAUGAGUUAUGA